AUGGCGUCCAAGUUAGAGGAAGAGGCUCUCUGCAGUCUGCACUCUGAGAAACUCAGACUCUUCUGUCUGGACCAUCAGCAGCCAGUGUGUGUCGUCUGCAGAGAUUCAAAAACACACACCAACCACAGAUUCAGACCCAUCGAUGAAGCUGCUCAGGAUCUCAGAGAGGAGCUCCAGAAGUCUCUGCAGCCCUUUCAGGAGAAACUGAAGCUCUUUGAAGAAGUUAAAGUGAAGUUUGAUCAAACAGCAGGACACAUGAAGGUCCAGGCUCAACACACAGAGACGCAGAUUAAGGAGCAGUUUAAGAAGCUUCACCAGUUUCUAGAAGAGGAAGAGGAGGCCAGGAUGGCUGCACUGAGGGAGGAAGAGGAGCAGAAGAGGAGGGUGAUGGAGGAGAAGAUGGAGGCUGUGAGCAGAGAGAUCGCAACUCUUUCACACACAGUCAGAGCCACAGAGGAGGAGCUGAGAGCUGAAGACGUCUCCUUCCUGCACAACUACAAGGCUGCAGUGGAGAGGCUGCAGCGCCCCCUGCUGGAGGAUCCACAGCUGCCCUCAGGAGCUCUGAUAGACCAGGCCAAACACCUGGGCAACCUCAGCUUCAACAUCUGGAGCAAGAUGAAGGACAUGGUGUCCUACUCUCCUCUCAUCCUGGACCCAAACACUGCUUAUCCACAACUCAUCCUGUCUGAAGAUCUGACCAGAGUGAGAGCAGGAGGAGAGAGACAGGAACUUCCUGAUAAUCCAGAGAGGUUUGAUGCACACGCCUUAGUCCUGGGCUCUGAGGGCUUUAACUCAGGGACUCACAGCUGGGAUGUCCAGGUUACAGACAGUACACUCUGGGUACUGGGUGUGUCAGCAGAGUCUGUCCAGAGGAAGGGAGACAUACAGUCUGGAUUAUGGAGAAUAUGUUUCUAUAAAGGUGAAUACUAUGCACGGUCACCAUCAGCUCCAGACACUCCUCUCCGCCUGAAGAAGAAGCUCCAGAGGCUCAGAGUGGAUCUGGACUGGAACAGAGGAAAGUUGUCGUUCUCUGACCCUGACACUAACACACACAUACACACCUUCACACACACUUUCACUGAGAAGAUGUUUCCAUACAUUCUCACUGUGGGUGAAGUGAAGAUAUUACCACUGAAGGUGUGUGUGACAGUGGAUCAGAGCAGGUAGAGAUACACAGGAUCAUUAUAUCUAUGAAUGAUCAUCUCUUAAAGGGAUCAUUCACUGACCUCUGAACCUGUCCUCCUGCUGUCUCUUUAUUCUAAACAUGUUUUUAUUCUUGUUGUUAUUGAGUUUGAUAAUCUGCUUUUUGAUCAUACUGUCAACCUUUAUUAAAUUGAAACACGUGCAUUUAGCAGACACUUUUAUCCAAGUAACAUCAUGUUCAUCAAAUAUGCUGAACUGCUUCCUUUAGAGGAAAUAAGAGAUAUAUAUUCUUUACAUUUGAAAUGAUCUCACCCAGAUUCAGAUCUUUAUGUCAGGUUAUAGUUUAACCUUCUCUGUUUUAUUGAAACUAUGUCGUUAUAAAUUGUUCAUUUGUGAUUUGUGCUUGAUGGGAAAAUAAAUAAAAAAUAUGUUUAAUCCAA